CCGCAAGGCUGCCCUCACUUAGGUCGAUCUCUUACUAACCAGGGCCCUCUUCAGACGUCACAGAAGAACCCGAGCUGCCCAUGCUGUGAUAGCAGAAAAGUCAAAGCCCUUGUUAGGCUUGACGCGUGAGGGGCAAAUCAGCAAAGAUGGGUAUCUCUGGACUCCUGCCAUUGCUCAAGUCCAUCCACAAGCCAUGCAACCUCAAGAAGUUCGCGGGCCAGACCAUUGGCGUAGACGCCUAUGGCUGGCUGCAUCGGGGAACGGCUGCGUGUGCCAUUGAUCUGGCCCUGGAUAAGCCGACUACCAAGCACAUAGACUUUUGCAUGCACCGGGUCCGUAUGCUGAUACACUUUGGCGUUACACCGUACCUCGUUUUCGACGGAGACAACUUGCCCAGCAAAGCCGGAACCGAAAAAGACAGACGAGAGAGGAGAAAGGAGGGCAAGCGUCUUGGACUAGAGCUACUCAAGGUUGGCAAGACAUCACAAGCGCAGCUCGAGUUGCAGAAGGCUGUUGACGUCACACCGGAGAUGGCCCGGGCGUUCAUCGAAGAGCUGAAGGCCAUCAAUGUUCAGUACAUCGUCGCGCCCUACGAGGCAGACUCGCAGAUGGUCUACCUGGAGCGCAAGGGUAUUGUAGAUGGGAUUUUGUCCGAAGACUCAGAUCUCUUGGUGUUCGGCGCGAAAUGUCUGAUAACCAAGCUGGACAAGUACGGAGAUUGCGUCGAGAUCAACCGCAAUCACUUCACAGCUUGCAGGGAGAUUAGCUUGGUGGGCUGGUCGGAUGCAGACUUCAGGCGGAUGGCGAUUCUCAGCGGGUGCGACUACCUGCCUGGCAUUGGAGGCCUAGGCUUGAAGACGGCUUAUCGCAUGCUUCGAAAACACAAGACUGUGGAACGGCUGGUCAAGGCUGCGCAGUUUGAUGGCAAGCUGAAGGUACCCGCCGGGUUCAUGGCGGACUUUGAUCAGGCUGAGAAGACAUUCCUGUACCAGUGGGUGUUCUGUCCGGUCGAGAACCGCCUCGUUAACUUGACACCUCUCGUCGAUGGUGUUGAUGUUGCCGAUAUGCCAUACUUAGGCGAAGAGGUAUUGGCGCACCUUGCAGCUGGUGUAGCAAGGGGCGACUUGUAUCCGCGUACCAAGCUACCUAUGGCUGUUGCGGCGAAGUCGACUCCCCGGAGCAAGGUGUUUGGAGCAUCCCGAAGGACGUCGACAAACAUACAGACUCCAGAUCUGAAGGGCACCAAGUCGAUCGACUCUUUUUUCAAGGCGAAGCGCACGCCAUUGGCCGAGCUCGAUCCGAAUAUCUUCACGCCAUCGCCGAGUCAGCAAGUCCUGAUGGAACAGCAAAGAAACAAUACCGGCUGGGUCGCAGUGCCAGUACCUCGAUCGCAGUCUUCACGAUUGUCCCUUCCCAGCACCGCUCCCCAGCCUGCGAGACGCAUCACCUCGGACCCUACAGGACGCAGGCGAUCUGCGCCACCAUCUAAAAGGCAACGCUUGUGUUCUGACUCGUUGCCGGGCACUCCUUCGGCCAGCGGAGAGGGUGUUGUUCGGAGUCAGUUCUUUGCCUCGACCAUGCCUGAGCCAAGCCCCUCGAUUCGCCCAACUAAGAAGGGGAGACGCAGGACGGAGGGUGGAUUUGAACUGUACUCUGACGACUCCCUUGGCGAGGCUAUGGCUGAAGCGGCGGACCUAGAAGAAUCUGCCUCCCAGGCGAAGAAGAAGCUGAGAAUUUUCGGCGACACACAGAGCGACACGCAGUCAACUGCCACCACCAGAACGUCAGCAACUGAGUCGCAAGAUUCCGGAAUUCUCACUCCCGCGUCGUCGUUUGGGACUCCAGAACCGGAGAGCAUCUCCAGCGCCACGAUCUCGCAGGAGCUCCGGGCCAAGUUCACCUACAAGGGCCCUGAGUCGAGUUUCACAAGCACAGCGGCAAGUAGGUCGGUCAGGCGAAAGACACACACGCGUCCAACUCUGCCGCUGGAGUUCUCUACAAGCACACGAAAUGCCGAAGUCGACUGUGUCGUGCCCGGCACACCGCCCCCUGUCGACCAGCCUGACCUCGAAGACUCGGCAUGGGCUGCUCUCGAUUCUGAGAUAGUAGUACCCGCGUCAUCGCCACCAUUUACACCUGCGAAAAGACGGCGCUCGUCUUUGAAAGGCAGCGAAGAUCUUAUUAUACAUGAAAGCGACGGUGACGACGUCUGCUCGCCCCGCAAGCCCUUGUUCAACCUCAACCGCUUUGCAUUCUCAGGUUGAUCUUGCGUUUUGGUACUGCGUUGAGCGAGUUCUGCGUUAUGUUGAUGGUCACGCCUUCACGAUUGGGAAGAUUUCAUUCUAUUGACAUGUCUCCGUAUUGGUAUAGCACAGCAUAGUAUAGCGGCGCAUAUUCUAGCUC